AUGAACCUCUCUGGCAAACGUUCUGCUUCUCCUCUGCCACGAAAGCUCGACGAGGUAUUCAGGCCUCGUAUCUCACAUGACAAAAAGGACAAGUUUCAGUCUGCUACGACAUCCCUAGGUGCAUCUCUUGUGCGGGAGGGACAGGAAGUUCUUUCCCUGUCCGUAUCCCUCAAACAUGACUUGAGGCACGAGAACGUCAACGACCUGAUUCUGGGUACCACCAUUCGCUUGGCUCAAGAGGGCAAGCGGCUGAUCAAGGCUCCCCGGCUUUUGUCGGACGGCAUUGCUUUCGAUUGGAUUUCUGAUACCACUGCACGCAAUGAGGAUAUUAAAUCGUUGUUUUCCGUUGAGGGCAUCCGGGUCCAAGACCUCGAAAUGGUCCUGUUGCGUGCGACCCCAAUGCCUGGCGGCUACACUUGCGCUGCCACUGAGGGACCGUCUAACCUAGCACAGUCGAGCAUCCCGCCCUAUCCUAACUUGACCGGUGUGGAUGCUCAGGGUCCAAGUGCCGCAGCUAUCAAAGGGGCCGGCAUCGGAAGUGCAUCUGACCCAAUCGUAGUCGAUGACGAUGGAGAAAGCGCGAGCGAGCGAGUUUCGCGUCCUGGCGGUUGCUUCGUUAGCCCCCGUCGGUCUUCUAGUGAAGCACUGCGCUUCUCUCGCCAUGCGGACCGCUCGUCGAGCUACGGUGCAGCAUCAUCUCAACGCCGUCCUCUUCCAACCACUGACGUCAGUGUCCCCGUAUCUUCCCAUUACAAAAAAUCGGAAGGCUCCCCUCUGCACAUCCGACAUCCUCACCGAUCAAUUCCUCAAAGCCCCGAGCCGUUAUACUCGCAUGACCGAUUAUCGGUUGUGAGCUACGCAUCCCGAGGUGCCGAAACCCCUUCUUCGGAAGACGUCAUUCAAGGCGUUCGUGUUUGCCCGUCAGAAGACGGAGAUGUUCGCUACGACACACCAGAAUAUGGUUCCCUUCGCUCCAUCCCUUUCAUUAAUGCACGGUCCAAGGGGGCCGCGGACUCAUCCGAGGGGAGGGCUGAGUACGGCGAAUGGAAACACCUCGCAGAAGAUUCGAGUGAUGUCGAGAUGGAGGCCGGUCACCCGUCAAGCAGGGAAUCCUCGUUGGCCAGGUCCAUCCCGCCGCAGAAGUCCACACACGCGGUGACAGGCCUACCCUUCCUUCCACAAACGUAUGAUACGUCGGACCUCGUAUUGCAACAACCAUCCGCGCCGGCGUCUGGUACGACUCGGACCGGUGCCAGUCCGAGCAACAGCUCAUCUACCUCCGAGCGCGAUAACUCGCCACCGCGUCGAGCGCCAGAGUUGCCUCGUCGAAGAAUUGAUCGGCCCUCCCGGAACGGCGAAGAUUCGGAUGGGAGCAUAGACGGCGAGAGCCCUCCCGUGCAAUCACUUAGCCGACGGCGACCGGUAGAGGCUAGCAAACCAAGUACCGGCCAAGGCAUUUACCUUUCCGAGGACGAUUCGGACAUCAAUUCUGGUAGCAAGGUUCAGAAGCCGACAGCAGCUCAUCGACAACAACGAUCGAGCGCGGGUUCCCGCACCCUGCGUAAGGUUCAGCCCGGCAGUUCGGUGAAGGCGGCGCUUCAGCGUCGCCGUAGCGCUCCCGAUCGUCCACGCCGUUCCGCACGCCGAUCUACGUCGCAUGCAAGCGAGGAAGUGAACUAUAGUUCACUGGACGAGGAUGAUGACGAAUCCCCUGCAUCAUCCUCAGCCACCCUCGGGCACACGCUCGUCAUACCGAAGGCAGACUACGCUCGAGGGAGACGGCUCCUAGUGCCCGCAAGCUUGGAUAGCCCGAUCACCACCGUUCUAAUGCGUGGCGAAGCCCAUUUCAUAGAUCAACGACGGAAGACGAUUUUCGACACGUCGAAGAUGCAUGCCUACUAG